AUGCCCAAUCACACCGACAGCCUAUUACACAGUUACCUCAAGAGAUUGGUGCUAUUCAUUGUUAGCUCUGAAGAGGACGCAGAGUACUUAUUGCGCGAACUGUUACAACGGAUUCAACAUGGCGCGGAGUCUCAGAGAACGUAUCAGUUAAGUGAGGUAUUGCCAGCUGUACGGCGCCUGGUUCCACAACAUAGCUUUGCUCAAGUAGAAAGCAUUAUUGAGCAGCUUGUACGAAUUGAAGAUGCGAACGUGGUUGCAAGAUAUCUGGUUGUCUUGUCAACUAUUUUAAGAGACUACGCAGGGAAGAGAGAGUCUGCUGAGAAGGAUUACAAAAGUGUUAUCGACGACAGAGCUUCACAUUAUGGGCAUUUGACGGUGGAUUCGUUUGAAAAUGCAAACUUUGAUAGAAUGUCUGAUAGAAGAUCCGUGUACUCGGCUCUGUAUAACGAGCCUCGAGCUCUAACCAUGGAAGAUACGUUGAUUCCAUAUCUAGAAGAUCAAGUUCCAGAACAGGAUAUCUUGAGAUCACUACCAUAUGCAUUGCUUGGGACCACUUCAGACUUGUUCCCUUUGAAAGACGGUGCCAUUCUUCUCCCGAGAAAUAUAUCUAAUGGACUAAGUGGUGCGUUACAUGUGAUUUUAGAAGCAGGCUUGAUAUAUCAGAAGCUCUGUCAAGUGAUUGAUUCAUCGAAAGGCUAUGAAUCAUCCCAAGUUCAUGUGGCCUUACUCAGCUUUGUUUCAGAUCAAAUAUCUGGGUAUGUUCAGCUUGUCAAUGAGAUAUCAAUAAGGCAACACUUCACUCUAAAGUCUAUCUACAGCGACCUCUUGGAUACAGUGGUAAGGUUGAGAUUCCUCCUUUUCAUUUUAAAAACUACAGAAGGGAAACCUCCUUAUGAAAUGCUAUCAAUUAUACAUUCUUAUCAUGACCAUGGUGAUCCUGAAAUUCAAUCAUGCGCUCGCAGAAUGCUGGGCUACACUCUUGAACCGUUUUUAAAGUCGCUCUCCGAAUGGAUCAUUAGAGGUGAAUUGAACGAGAAGAAUAAUGGAUUUUUCGUAAACAGGCAACCACAAAACCAGCAGUCCCUGAGCCUUGGUGUGUAUUACCAAGCAGAUAGUGUACCAUCAUUUUUAGAUGUUGCUCUCAGUGGUAAAAUCUACUCUAUUGGUUUAAUGAUUGUGUUUUUGAAGUAUCACUGCCGACAAAUGAAAUGGAUUAGUGAAUUCUCAGAGAGAACUGGAACUCUUUUCAAUCAGCUUCGACUAAAUGCCAGUGCAAAUUUUAUCAAGGGAGCCAAAUUUCACACGUUUAUUGAUAACACGUAUGCCAGUCUCCUCAAUUUCAUGACUUUUAUAAUUCACGAUAAGUUUUCAUUGAUGGCAACACUAACAGCUUUACGCGAUUAUUUGUUGAUGGGUCGUGGGGAUUUCAUACAGGCCAUUAUUGACAAUGGAAGAGAGCUGUUAAGCGAGCCUUCGAACUCUUUAACUGGGCAUCAGUUGACGCGUUUACUACACGAAUCAGCUUCCAACACAACUUCAAGAUAUGAAUUGUCAAAUCUCGGCGAUUUGGAUGCCAGACUUUUGGCUAUUGGACAUGGAAAUGUUGGAUGGGAUGUAUUCACUCUAGACUACAGAGUGGAAUCUCCAUUGAAUAUUUUGAUCAAUGAUUCCUCAAACCAAUUUAAGAAGGACUAUUUACGUGUUUUCAACCACUUAUGGAAGAUCCAAAGACUAUGCGAUAGCUACACACAGCUCUGGCUCCAAUGGAAAAAUGUGCAAACCGCUGAAAAACGCAUCACCAGAAUCAGACUCAUCCAUAAUUUCAUUCUUGGUGUGUUUGAGUCUAUCCAAAGUUUCAUCUACUAUGAGAUAAUUGAAAAUGCAUAUGCAGAUCUACAGAAGAAAUUCAGAAGGAGUGAUGAGAUGGUGCAAUUUGAUAUAUCAACAGUCAGUUCCAAGUUGAAAGUGUCUUCUGUUGUGCUGAAACCAUCAUUCGACUACUUGAAGCAAAUUAAUCUUUCGGAUGAUGCUACAAACACAUUCGAGACAAUUUUCCAAGAGAUACCAAUUCAAGAUAUUCAAAAGUUUCAUUCACAAUUCCUUCACAGUAUCACAAAGCAUAAGUUAAUGGAUAUUUCAAAGGAUUCCAAUAGGGGCACCAUCUCGAACAAGUUCUUAAUCAACCAGUUUAACAGCUUAGUUCAAAUUGCAUUCAAGUUCUCGCUUGCUGAAACUGAAUUGAUUAAGCUUUUAAGCUUGGAGGAUACUGAGUGGAACUCACAAAGAGAGGACGAUCAACGUAAAGAGGCAAUUUUCAAAAAUCUAUUGAUGUUGUUUAACGAGUUCAACGGUGACUUGAAGACAUUUGUGGCGGACUUGAGUAACGACCAGGAUAUUCAACUCCGUCAUUUAGGACUGGUACUAAACCACUGA